CAGACAUUUGCAAUUUUCUGUGUCAUUUGUAUGAAAAGAUUUAAACAUGCGUCAUGUACUAUUCAGUUCUGAACCAUCUGAGAAAGAAUUUUUUGAAGAGUAUGACAAAUAUAAUGCUGUAAGUCUGUGGUUUAUCCUGAUUUUUCUACUCAGAAGUCUUGUUCCACUGUGUUUUGCUUUACAGACAGGUAUAUUUGAAUUUUCGGAUAGCAUUGAUUUGUAUUUUGAAUAUUUUUCGAUAUCUCAUAACUCGACGGAACAUUUUAUUUUUCAAUCUCUUUGUCUUAUAACAAAAAAGAAAAACGAAACAGAACAUGAGUGUGUACGAGAAGACUGUAACCAAAUGGAUAUUGCUUUGAAGAUGUCUUUGCUUAAAAGCAUCGGUUUUAGUCUGGGAGCAAUCUUUGGGGGAGUUCUUUCUGAUAUAUUUGGAAGAAGAAUUGUAUGUUUGUCUUUUUCUGUUAUUUGGUAUCUAUCUUCCUUAGUUAUUGCCUUGGCAAAUGAUAAAUUAGUGGUGGAUAUAUUUUACACUAUAACUACUGCAAGUGCAAACAUUGUCAACGUCGUCACAUUUGUCACAUUUGGAGAAAUUGCUAAUAGAAAAAGUAAACUUCUUGCUGUGUAUAGCCUCAUGACUUUAAUUCUGGGGAGUUUCAUGUCAAUAUCUUUUUCCAAAAUAUUUACAGUUUGGAAAUAUUUUUCCACAUUUAUUUCGUCGAUAAAUGUUUUGAUAAUUUUUGGUUGUUGGUACAUCCCUGAAUCUCCUAGAUGGCUACUUAAUAAAAAUAAACAAAAGGAAGUUUAUAAGCAGCUGAAUGACAUUUCUGGACUGAUUUACACUGUACAAAUAACAGCUAGUGAAGGAAAUACGAAGAAAACUAAAGAAUUUUAUCGGAUGUUUUUAUAUUUAUUUAAAAGUAAACUCAAAUAUUUUCUACUAAUUUCUUGGUCGAUGAUAAUUUCAUCUUUUUUGUACAACUGCUCAAAAAUGAAAGCUUUGAUAAAUUUUGUUAACAGAGGUGAUUAUGGUGUUUUAGGUAAUGUUGCCGAAAUAAUGGGUUUCCUCUUUCUUUUUCCAAUUUAUAUUUUUUUAGGAAAACGUUUCGGUUUGUUAUUCUUAUAUGUUUUGGUGGCAGUACAAGCUUUAUUUGCAAUGUUCCUUGCCACAAAUGAACGUAUUUAUCACGUAGCAUUUGGCAUACUCUUUGGAACAAGCACAGUGUGUUUAAAUUGGUUAUACUGUUUAGAUCUGUUUCCCACCUUCUUAAGAGGGACUGUAAUGGGGUUCAAUUUUUGUCUCUUUGGCUUAACUAUGUUUGUGAGCGCAUUUCUUGCUAAAAUGGAUCUUACUGCAGAAGAGGAUGAGAAGAAAUUAAACAAUGUGUACUACUAUGUUAUAUAUUUAUGUGGAGGAAUAUUUGGACUCUCUGUCUUUUUGUUGCCUGAAACUGCCAAUCAAGAUUUACCAAACUUUAAAUUAUACGAAUAAAAUGCUCCGAUC